CACACUAGGACCAUAUUCACACACACACACACACACUUUUUCCACACACUAGUACCAUAUAUACAGUGCGUGCUAAAAAGAUCAUAGCAAGCUAACUAUGGCAAGUAUAGCUCUCAUAGUUGAAAUCUGCAUAAUUUGCGCAAGCCUUUUCAUCCCAAUCUGCUGCACUGCUACUGCAUAUCAAUCUCAUCAGCAGAGCAAAAAACAUGCUGUGUUGUUCGUCUUCGGCGAUUCACUGUUUGAUGCUGGAAACAACAACUACAUCAACUGUGGCAUUGCUAAUCAAGCCAAUUUCUGGCCAUAUGGUGAAACCUUCUUCAGGUACCCAACCGGGCGGUUCUGUGAUGGGCGUCUAGUUCCGGAUUUCAUUGCUGAGUAUGCAGGUCUGCCUCUGAUACCACCAUUUCUACAACCAGGUCUGCAACAGUAUACCAAUGGGGUGAACUUCGCGUCUGGCGGGGCAGGUGUACUAAAUGAAACUCGCCAGGGAGUGAUAAACCUUAAAAUGCAGCUAGAUUACUUCCUAAAGGUGAAUAAAGCUUUAAGGCAGAAACUAGGUGAUACAGAGGCAAAAAAGAUGAUGAUGAGAGCCGUAUACUUGUUUAGCAUUGGUGGUAAUGACUACCAUAACAUCUCCUCUGAUCUGCCUCAGUCUUACAAGAGAGAGUAUGUAGGGAUGGUCAUUGGCAACUUGACAUCAGUGCUCAAAGAAAUAUACAAUAAAGGAGGAAGAAAAUUUGGAUUUCAAAAUGCAGGACCUUUGGGUUGCAUACCGGGGACGUUGAAACGCGAAAAUAGCAGUGAGUGUGUUCAAAAUAACUCUGCCAUGGCAAAACUACACAAUAUAGCUCUGUCUAAAGUCCUCCAGAAGUUAGAGAGUGAGCUACAUGGAUUCAAGUAUUCAAUAUUUGAUUACUACACUUCUCUCAGCCAAAGAGUGAACUACCCUUCAAAAUAUGGUUUCAAGGAAGGGAAGAUAGCAUGUUGUGGCAGUGGGCCUUAUAGGGGAGUCAAUAGCUGUGGAGGAAAAAGAGGAGUGAAGAAGUAUCACUUGUGCAGGAAUCCUAAUGAACAUGUGUGGUUUGACUUUGCUCAUACCACAGAAAGAGCUAAUCAGCAAUUAGCACAGCUAAUGUGGAGAGGAGUUCCUAAUGUCACUGGACCUUAUUACAAUGUGAAAGCACUAUUUGAAAUGUAAUAGUUCUUCAAAACAUUCAGGUUCUACCUUCUAAAUGUUUUGUCUACGAUGGAAAACAACAUUAUUUGCAGUAUAUUUACUUGUUAGUUGCUAAAAUGGUAAAAGCUGAGAACGCAUAUUCGAGUCAAACGCAACCAUUUUGUGCAAAUAAUUGCGACAAAUAAUUAUGUACCGAGGUUAAAAGAGGAUUGCUGAACAUACACCUAGUUCAAGAGAUAAACAUAGCUUUUAUGGCUUUCACACACCAUUCCCCAUCACCCGAUUCAGAGCAAAACAUACCAAGCUGGUGUUCUGCCGUUUGCACGGAUGAUUAAGCUUCGACAGAAAUAGGAUCCAAAAUCACAAAACCUGUAUCUGCAAGGCUCAACUUGUCCCAAACAACAUCCACGUGUAAUAUAUGUUUACACACACACACACAGAGGAAACAAAAACAAUCUUUUUUUAUUUCCAAGUUGACACUUCUUGUAGUUGAAAUUUUAUCAUUUCAUGAUAAACUUUUUCUGUGCUAUCUUAAACUCACUGAAGUAUAAUCAAGCUUGACACAGAGGCUCAUAGUAUGAGACCUUUGUCCAAAAAUGUCUAACUAGUAACAACAUUCUCUACCAAUACAGCGAAAUGUAUAACAACAUUCUAUAAUAUACCAAAGAUUGAGUUAAAAUUUCCUUGAUCAAGAAGUAAUACGGUUUAUUUAGUAAAAAAAAAAAAAAAAAAAAAAAAGUAAAA